UUUAUUUUGGUUAGCAUCAAGAAGUGUUAUUGGAAUUGUAGAAGCUUGAAUUAUUCAGCAUAUCAGGCAGAAUUGAAGAGAAUUAAAACCGUAAGCAGCAGCCAUAACCAACAGCUCAGUGAAUGCCGUUCUUUGGGGCCAUUCGCCGCCCUACGUAUCAUAUAACUUGAAACGGCAUACUCAUACGACUCAAAAUGGGGAGGCCACAACUGUUUGAGCAGAAAUUGAUAACAGAAGUUCAAAAAUAUCCAUGCCUGUACGAUAGAGCAUUAUUCAAAGAAGGAAUAAUUAGCGAAAGGGCAAAAACAUGGGAAAAGAUUGCACCCAUAGUCGGUGCUCCAGUCGAUGCUUGCAAAAUUAGAUGGGGCCGGUUAAGAGAUCGCUAUAUUGCUUUAACUUUGAAGACCAUUCAAGAACCGGGCUUCACAUGUGUCUGGAAGUACACCGAAUUGAUGUCAUUUAUGAGGCAACAUUUGCAUUUGAAAAGUGACAGCUUGGAAUCAAAGGAUCUUCAAUUGCCGCAGAGUAAACACUUCAACCGAGAAAUGUUCGAAGAAAACCUUAUAGAAGAAGUAAAAAAGCAUGAAGCUAUAUACAACCCAGCCCAUGUAGAUAAACGAAACACAAAAGUAAUUGAACAAAUUUGGGUGACCAUUGCAUCUUCUUUGGGAAGUACUGUCAAACAAUGCACUAGUCGUUGGAGUACAUUAAAAGAUAUGUUUGUACGACACAACAAUAUUAUGCUAACCUCUGAUAAAAAGGGUGAAUAUCAACCAACACGUUGGAAGUACUACAAUGAAAUGUCAUUUAUGAGAGAUUAUGUAAAUAUAUGUGAUGGGCUAUUGAUUUCUGAGGUAAAGAAACAUGAAGCUUUAUACAAUAGAAAACAUCCUGAAUAUAGCAACUAUUCCAAACAAGGCGAAAUAUGGUCGAUAAUUGCUUCGGAAGUAAAACGAACGGCCGAUGUUUGUAAAUCUAGAUGGAGGCAAUUAAGGGAUCGCUAUAUUGCUUUAUUGUCGAAGAUCAAAGAAGAACCGGGAUACGUAAGUACCUGGAAGUACGCCGAAAUGAUGUCAUUUAUGAAGGAUCAUUUGGAUUUAGAAGAUAAAAGCUUGCAAUCAAAUCCUCAACUGAAGCAAAAUAAAACGAAUCGAGAAAUUUUUGGAGAAAAACUUUUAAAAGAAAUAAGAAAGCAUGAAGCUCUUUAUAAUCCGGCCCAUGCAGACAAACGUAACCCAGAAAUAAUAGAACAAAUUUGGAUAACCAUUGCAUCUUCUUUGGGAAGCACUGUCAAAGAAUGCCUUAGUCGUUGGAGAACAUUGAAAGAGAUGUUUGUACUGCACAACAAUAAAAUACUUACCUCGGACACAAAUGAUGAGCAAAAGCCAUAUUGGAAGUACUACAAUGCAAUGUCGUUUAUGAAGGAUUAUGUCAAAAUAUGUGAUGAACUGUUGAUCAGAGAGGUAAAGAAACAUGAAGUCCUAUAUAAUAAACAACACCCUGAGUAUGACAACCAAUCCAAAAACGACGAAAUAUGGUCCAAAAUUGCUUUGGUCGCAAAACAAACGAGGCGAAAUUGUAAAACUCGAUGGAGACGGUUGGUAAAUCGUUAUAAAAAUGAAUACACAAAAAAGACAUUGUCCAAAGAUUACACUUUCAGUUGGAAAUAUGCAUCUGCCAUGAGCUUUAUGACUGAUUUUAUAUUUCCCAAAGGCUCCAACAACGACAAUUUCAAGAAUAACUUUUGUAGGGCUUGCGCUUGCGAUAUAAGUGUAGAUACUGCAGUGAAAUACGAUAUUUUCAAUACGUCAGGUUUAAAAGAAAAAUUUGUGACCUGCGCCAAUCUGGAAUUGGCCACAAGUGAUGAAUUUCCUCGGUCAGUGUGCCAAAAGUGCUACGACAAAAUUCUCGAUUUCUUUCAGUUCCAAGGUAUGUGUCGGAAAUCCUUGCAAAAGUUUGACAACAUGAAGAAGGAAGAAUUUGAGGAAAAUGCUUCGAUGGAUUCGCAUCAAUCAACGGAAUAUUCAUUUCAGCAUGUAAAAACCCCUAAUAUAUUAUCCCCUAACUCACAAUUUCAUGAGUUUGGGAGCAAUCAGAAAGUGGAACUGGAGAAAAGUGAUUCGGAGGAUUCGCAGGAAUCAACUGAAUACUUAAUUCAGGAUGUGCUAUCCCCUAAAAUAUUUUCCACUUACUCACAUUUGGACAACACAAAGAAAACUAACACCACAUUUGUUGCGACAGAACGUGCGACAACUCAGCAGGAUCCCUUAAACGUAAAUUUGGAGUACAAAUAUAAUAUGACCGAUGAUUCUUAUUUAGAACGAACUGUGAGCCAACAGGACAACAAUGAAGCUUGUGAGGAAAAUAAACUUGAAUGUAUUGAUGAUGACGAUACUAAAUGUGAUGUGAAAAGCACAGAGUUGGAAAUAUACGAAUUAAAGGAGCUUGACAAAUCGCCCGAGUACAAAGAGAUUAUCUGCCCGCCAUUAGAGGACCUGACUAGGAAAGAAAACCCUCAAAAGCCUUGCUUCGUGUGUGAACUUUGCCAAAAAACCUUUAGAACCAAAUAUUGUUUUAUAGCCCAUCAGCGAAAGCAUCAAGGUCUAUCGGGAUAUGCAUGUACACAUAAAAAUUGUGACCGUAUUUUCAAUGGGGUAAGAGACUUAAGGGGACAUCUGAGCCGACACAAAGGCGUUCGACCAGAUUUUAUAUGCAACAUCAAUAAUUGUGGCGAACGUUUUAAAGAAAAUUAUCUUUUAAGAUUUCACAAGCAAAAGGUUCACAACUAUAGCGAAACACGAAAAAAAGUAACUAAAACAACAAUUGCAGCUAAAGAGACCUUUGUCUGUGAGGUCUGCGGCAAAGUGUUCAACUUCAAGCGGCGUCUCGACAAUCAUAGUCUCGUACAUGUCGAUGAAUCACAAUGGCCUUUUGCGUGCGAUGAGCCUGGUUGUGGCAAAAGAUUUCGGAUGAAAACAAGACUCCAAACACAUACACUUCGUCAUAAGGGUAUUAAGAAUUAUACAUGCCCCCAUUGUGGACUAAAGAAAGUCACAAGAAAUGAAUUAAAUAUUCACAUUAAUUUUCACACCUUCGAAAAGAAGUAUGCCUGUUCUUUAUGUUCCAAAGUAUUUAAGAGCGUCGGAUGCCUUAGUACACAUAGGCAUCAAGUCCAUGAAGGCAAACCAAAGCCAAAGAAAACGGCAGAGAAGAACGCUCUGUUAUAUGAAUGCAGACACUGUGGACGGAUGCUAAGCAGUGAGCAAACGAGAAAAAAUCAUGAAAUGGGACACACCAACGAGAAACCGCACGUUUGCGAAAACUGUGGUAAACGAUUUUCGACUUCCUUCAAUCUGAAGAAACACAUGAUUAUGCAUGCUGUUCACAAAACCUUUGCUUGCAAUGUAUGUGACAAACAAUUCAAACAUCGUUCAGCGUUAACGACUCAUAUGCGAACACAUUCGGAAGAAACAAGACUUAAGUGUGAUGAAUGUGGUAAGUGCUUUGAAUGGCCUUCUGUCUUGCAUGCUCACAAAAAGCUACACGUUGAGGGGUCGGUUCCCCAUGUUUGUGGUAUAUGUGGCAAAGGAUUCCGUUGGCCAGGAUCCUUUUAUGCUCAUAAGAAAAAACAUGUGGAGAAUAGUAAAGAAAAUGAGGAUAAACAGAAGGAGAUGCAAGUUGUAUAAAUUUAAUUGCAGAACGUGUAAUAAAAUAAAACCAAAAUAAAUAUAUAACUAAAAUAAA